CUAGACUCCAGAGAAGGGCUCUUUCGCUUGCCGCUUGCCGAGCACUUAGUCGAAUCAGUGUUCCGGAGCUCGAGUCCUUAAAUCUCUGAAGAUGCAGAACGAAGAGGGUCAGAUCACUGAGCUUUACAUCCCCAGGAAAUGCUCAGCGACCAACAGGUUGAUCACCUCAAAGGAUCACGCUUCUGUCCAAAUCAACAUCGGUCAUCUCGAUGCUGAUGGCAUCUACACUGGCCAGUUCACCACCUUUGCUCUUUGCGGUUUUGUCCGCGCCCAGGGAGAUGCCGACAGUGCUAUCGACAGGCUGUGGCAGAAGAAGAAGGUCGAAGCCCGGCAACAGUAAUGAUGUUUUUUGGGGUGUUCCUCGAGGUUAGUCUCAUGAAGCAUUAAUUUUUUGUCUGAACUCUCUGUUUUUCAUUUUCAUUUGGAGAAAGUAGUUUUCUGUCUCGAUCUGGAAAAAGGGUUAUCUGGGAUUUUCUUUGUAUUGGAUUUUCAUGUUCAACAUUGCCUUAAUCCCAGAUUUAUUUUGGGGUCGUCCGCAUGAAUUUUUUCGUUUCCACUCA